AUGUAAAAUUCUCUUCUCUAAAUAAUAACAGAAGAAGAAACAGAUCUUUUAGAUUUAGAUAUAUAUGAAAAAUUUCCUUAUUUAAGAGAAGAAAAAUAAAAAUUUAACGAAUAAGCUCAAAAUAUCUGCUAUGAAUAUGCUAAUAAUUUAUUUGAAAUUGACAAAUUUUUUUCAAGUGAUAAUCAUUAAUUAAGUCUAGAAGCAAAUUUAUUUUCGUAAAUUAAGUAAGCUAAUAGUUCGAAUGAAAAUAAACUUACUAAAAGUUUUGAAUUUAAGGAAUUUUGCAAAAAUUUGACUUCAUCAAAUAUAAAUUUUGAUAGUAUUUCUCAAAAUGCAAAUGAUAAAAGCACUAACCUUUAGUCAUAAACAUUUAAAGAUUUACUAAAUUAAUAUGCAAAUGGAAUUUCUGAAGAUAAAAAUGCUUAAUAUUCUAUAUAGAAUCCAUAAAUAUUAAACUAAUAAGAUUCACCAGAAAAUGAACUAUUUUAUGGAUUAGAUGAUAGGAUAAUUGAUUUAAAAGAGAUAAAAUUAGAAGGUGAUGGUAGAAUUACUUACAAAAAUAAAUAGGAUUUGAAAACAGUUACUUUUUUGAUAUCUGGAUAUUUAACUUAGGAUUUCUCAGCCUCAGAAAAUUUUUAAUUAUUAGUAAAAUUGAUAGAUAGCAGUUUAUAAGAACAUUUUAAUUAAAUUGUGAUAAAAAGUAUUUAUUGGUUGAUAGAAUUACUUGGAAAAUGCCUGAAGUUAGCUGGAACUUCCUUAUUUUAAAAUUAAAUUUAACAAUUUAAAACAGCACUUGAUUCAAUAAUUGAAGACUUUUAAGCAUCUUAUGAACAGGCCAAAAUUGGUGGCGCGAUUUUAGCUGAAAGUAUAAACAAUCAAAAUUUGAUGGGAAGUUUAAAUAUAGAUUUUAUGGGUCACAGCUUAGGAACUGUAGUCACCGCUUAUGCGUUGAAGAAUUUAUCAAUAUCUGCUAGAUAUUUAAUGCUUUUUGGAGGAGCUGCAACAAUAGAAGAAAUUGAAGGCUCCUAGUAAAUGUUUUAAAAGUGUUAUAAUUUCUAUUCUGAUAAUGAUUCUGUGAUUAAAACAUUUCUAAUAAAGGCAAAGCUUAUAGUAUAGAUCAACUCAAGAAACCAAAUAUAAUGA